AUGUUACGAUUCAGUAAGCUAUUACAAACUUACAAAUCUGUAACUCCACAGUUUGUAAGUCUACAACAACAACAACAACAACAGUCACCUACAAAUACUGUAUCACAUAACAUCAGUCAACGUAACAUUCAUAGUGGCAACAACAACCAAGACCAUGAUGACGAUCUCAAUUCAAUGACACUCGUACAAUUAAGACGAUUGGCUAAAGAGGAACGUAUUCGAAUCACCUAUCUUGCCAAAGGAGAGAUGAUCAGUCAUAUUCAAAGUGUUCGUCAAUCACGUCAGUCCAAUCCCAAUACUACUACUACUACUACAGAUUCAAAGAGACAACUACAAGAAGUACAAAUUGAAGAGGAACAACAACAAGAGGUUGAAGAAGAGGAACAAGAACAAGUAGUAUUGGAGAAAUCUAAAAGAGGAAGAAAGAAAAAGGUUGUUCAAGAAGUACAAUUUGCUGCUGCUGCACCAGCUUCACCAGCCGUUUCUCUUCCACUCCAAAAGUCAGAUUUAAAUACUCUUUCAGCCGAGCAACUGCACAAUCUAAUUGAUUCUGCAACCUUAAAGGAAGCUCUCAUCAAUCUAUUGCUCGCACAAUCAAAGCCUGUCGAAGUUAAGGCCACUACCACCACUGCCACCACCGACAACACUACUACGACAACAGACACUACUACAGACAGUACCGUUCGUGUCAAGAGAAAGUAUACAAAGAAGCAACAAUUGUUAAAAGAACAAGAUAUCGAUGUUCAAAAUAGCUUUAAAAAUAUUGGUGCAACACUCAAUAUUGCAAAAGAAACACAAGAAAAGGUUGUACUAGCUGCACAACAACAACAACAACAACAACAAAAAUUCGAGAAUGAAAAGAGUAUUGAAGAUAUUGUGGCUACUUUUAGUCAACCACCAAUGCAAACCACUCAACAUACAAUGCCAUCAUUUGAUAUCAAUGCACUCAACCUAGAGGUUGAAUCAUUACUUGGUGAAAUCAACAAAGAGGUAUCAUGGAAUAAUAAGGUCAAAACUGUACAAGAGACUAUUGAAUCACAACCAACAACAACAACAUCAACAACAACAACAACAGCAACAGCAACAUCUACAAUCGAAUCACAAUCCCAACCACCACAACCAAUAAUAUCAACAACAACAACAUCGACAUUGGAAUCACCACAACCAAUAACAACACCAAAAUAUACAAUCCAAUCACCAACAACAUCAACAUCUUCUUUCCACCAAUCUCCAACUUCAACAAAACCAAAAACAUCCUUUUCUCGACCACCAUCACCAUCAUUUAAAGAAGAACAACGAUUAGCAAAUCAAUCAAAGUUUGUUGAAAAAGAGAGUAGUAGUCAAGUUGGUUCAUUGUCUACAAGUUAUGUUAAAUUUAUGGAAAAGAGUAUAUCGGAAUUGUCAAAAGAGGAGGUCAUGCGUAUUUGUGAACAAAAGGGAAUUAAAUUCUCACCCAAUUUCAAUAGAAUGGCACUUGUCAGAAAGCUCAAUGAUAACAAUAUAUUCAAGGUUCAGGUUAGAGUAGAAGAUAACACUCCACCCCCUCCCUCUCCUUCUCCUUCCCCUUCUCCUUCUCCUUCUCCUUCCCCUUCCCCUUCUUCUUCCUCAUUUUCUUCAUCUUUGGAAUCACAACAACAACAACAACAACCAAUAGUAAAACCAUAUCAAAAACAAUACGCUCAAAAACAAGCCAAACAAUUCAAAUACCAAGAACAAACUCAAAUCAAGGUACUUGAAAACCAAAAAAACAUUAUCAGAUCUGCCAUUACUAGUUUAUUCCAAACUCAAAAUCAAGUCAAAUUUGCCAAAGAAUUAACUUUUAUUUUUUCAUUAUUAACAUCAAUGCAAACAAAAGAUAAUACUUUAUUUACUCAAUUGAAUCAAGAGAUGGUAGAUAGUAUGCUUUCACAUAAAUGGAUUUCAUUGAAUUCUGUCAAUAAUUUCAUUAGAUAUCUGUUUGAUACUGGGUACCCAGACUGUUUUGGUGUCAUUGAACACUACAUGUCUAGAGCAUUUUUUGGUUCAAAGAUUUUGGAAGAUGUUGCCACUGCAUUGGGUCUAGAGAGAUUGGUAGAGUUGGAAAAGAGUUGCAAGCUAGGGUUUGAACAAGGUCAACCACUCAAUCUCAACCUCUACAAGAAUUUGGCUGAAUGUCUUUUACUGUACAAGUACAGAGACGGAGGGUUUGACGCUGCCUUUGAAUUUUAUCAAACGUUGCCAGCCACCGUUCAAAAGCCAAUCACCAUCUCGUUGUCCAUCAUUCUAGAGGGUAUUGAAAAGAAUUUGGGUGCUGCAGAGGCACUACAGUGUUUUGAAAAGAUUACCGCCACCUUGCUCUCGUCGUUGCCAGCCGACCAAAACGACGUGGUUAGUCAGAGCGAGAUUCUCCAAUUCCUUACACAUCCAUUAGUUUUUAUUCUCUCUGUCCACCACCGCUCCGACUAUGCCGCUUUGAUAUCGCGUCCAACACUCGCACCACUCUUCCGCGACCAACGUGUCGUCCAGUUUUUGAUCUUUAAAAAACACUACGAGUUGCUUUGGAGCAGCUUGGUUGGCCAAACCCCGUCCACACAGCUCCAGAUCCUCUUUGAGGAGGGUGAGAUGUUGGCCUAUGGCAAACAGUUCCUCUUGCGAGACAAUGCCAAGCAAUUCAAGGCAUUCCUCGAUACGUUUGACGCAUCGCACGCCAAACCCAUCCACAUUGCUCGUCUCUUUGAAAUCCUUUUGCAAGAAAAAGAAGAGGGAGGUACAGCUAUCCCAAUCGACCAGGAGACAAAGCAAUACUUGGUCAGCAAGAUCUGUCAGUUGGCAUCGACCCAGUCUUAUGUGUUUGCGACCAUCUAUGUGCACAGCGUGCUCACUGCUCGCACUGCCGUUCUCGAGCCGAUGGAGCAAUACCUCGGCGCACAAAAGUCGACACACCUCAACAACCUGACGAGUCAGAUUGUCAGAUAUUUCCUCCAGUUGGGCCACUACAACUUGGCGCUGGAGCACUAUAAACGUCGUACCAUGUUUGGUUUUGGCGAGGCGUCGCAAGACGACUAUGACAUUGCCCGCGACUCGAUGCUCAACUUCCCCAGAAACAAUGUCAUCAAGUCUGAUAUGGACAUUGAACUCGAGAAUGCCCUCACCAACGGUGACAGUGCUGCCGUCUAUCACACGCUGGUCGAGUUUUCCAAGAGUCGUACCACAUUCCCCAUCGGCACACUUUUGAUUCGAUCUGCUCAAUUCCUUCUCGAAAGGGAUCCAGAAAGCUACGACCGAUUCAUUGGUAAUACUUCGUUGCCAUCCAUGUAUCGUGCAGUACUCUAUGACAGUCAACUCAUCCUCGACACACUCUCCAACAAGAGUCUAAAGGACGGACUCGAGAUGUGUCUCCGAGAACACCCCAGUUUGUUUGGCGGCAACCCACAGAUCCGAUCAACCAUUCUCCAGACAUUGAUCGAUCUUGGUAUGAUUCAAGAGGUGACAGAUAUUAUCGAGAGCAUGUCAAGUGCACAACUCUCACAUUACAGUAUCAUCCAGACAUUUUCAAAACUCGUCCUCCAAACCUACCAAGGUGGAUUGAGCGACAUUCCUGAAAAGGCACGUACUCUCUUGCUCAAGUAUUCUGAUCAGGCUACUGGUGCAGUUAGUCGUAGCGACCUCUCGCGCCUCCGUCUUGUCAUGCAAUACUACCACAAACACGGACCAGCCGAGAACCUCAAAGAAAUACUCGACUCUUUCCUAUCCAUCAAAGCCAAAGACCUAAACACUCUUGAAAACUGGAGAAACUAUAUCUAUUGCUACUACCAGUAUGUCCACCCUACCGAUGCCCAUCUCUUGGGCCACGAUUCGGCCUUUAAGAUCAUUCAAGGUUGUUCUGAAGAAUCCAAGCCAUUUAUGUUCUCGGCACUCUUUGAAUACUUUAUCCAAACUGGAAACCCCCAUCUUGUUGGCGCCAUCAUAAACACAUACGAAUCCUAUUUUACCACUAUCCGUGAGGUUGCUCUCGUCCCCAUCCUCAGCAGUAUCAACAGUCCAGCUCUCCGCCUCGAGCUAUUCAAACGUCUUGAAAUCAACUACCAACUACAAUACGAUAUUAGAAUUCACGACGCUAUCCGAUCGAUCCUUGCCUCUGUACCAAACGACUCGAUCACCAAAAAGUUAAAUGCCAUUCAAUGGGCACAAAAAGACGUACCAGAGGAAUCAAGAGCCAAAGACGACCAACUCACAAAAAUCCUUUCAAAUUUACAUUCCAACUUUAUUUAUCAUUAUCGUAAUCAUUCAAAAGAACUUGAACAUGAAAAUUAA